AUGAAAAAUUUAUCAAAUAAUAUCAUCAAAAGCAUUAGAGGAAAAGAAAAAAUUGCAUAUGAAGGCUUUUUUUACAAUUUCAAGGAACAUUCUGUUGGUAAAUUGGUCUGGAGGUGCAAUAAGAGAGGGUGUCCUUCAUUAUUAAAAACUACAAUAGAUUGUCUUUUACUGGAAUUUUCAGAGCAUAAUCAUUGCAGUAAUGAUAUUAAAUUUAGCAAAGUACUCUUUGCUAGUAAGUUAAAACAGGGCAUCCUAGACGCCUUUGAAACAUCAAGAGUUGCAAUCUCUAAUGUAAUAUCUGAAUUUAACUACUCAAACAUUAUAGAUUAUAAGAUGAUGAACAGUUUGGUCACAAGGGCUAGAGAGACCAAUAAUUUUACAAUUGUAAGGAAUAUGAUAUUCCAUACGAAUUGA